GCGGCGCGGCGCGCGAGGGAGCCGGCUGCGCCCGCCGCCGCCGCCUCGGGGGCAUGCGGCUGUGCGACAGGACCCCCCUGCAGGCGCGGCGGCGCUGCGCGGUGCUGCUCAGCUCCCUGCUGCUGGCCGCCGCCGUGGCGCUGCGCAGCGCCACCCGGCCCUGCCCCGCCGCCCACCCGGACGCCGCCGCCCAUCCCCGUUGCCGCGGGCGCCUCUACCAGGCACUGGAGCUCUCCCCCGGCAGGAGGAUCAACUGCUCGGGGAUCGUCCGCGGCGAUGAGAAAGCCAUCCGGGAGGCCCAGCUCAGCAACCUGGAGGUUGCGAACAGAAGGGCUUCCCUGACGCCCGGCGAGUACCUGAACAUGACUAAGGACUGCAGCAACUUCAAGGAGACCCGGCGAUUCAUCGAGUUCGCGCUGAGCCAGGAGGAGGCGGAGUUCCCCAUCGCCUACUCCAUGGUCAUCCACAACAAAAUCGAGAUGUUUGAGCGGCUCCUGCGCUCCCUCUACGCCCCCCAGAACGUCUACUGCGUCCACGUUGACAGGAAGUCUCCGGCCGCCUUCCAAGAGGCCGUGCGGGCCAUCGUAGCCUGCUUCCCCAACGUCUUUGUGGCGAGCCGCUUGGAAGACGUGGUAUAUGCCUCCUGGUCCCGGCUGCAGGCUGACCUCAACUGCAUGCAGGACCUGCUGCAGAGCCCCAUGCCGUGGCGCUACGUCCUCAACACCUGCGGCACCGAUUUCCCCAUCAAGACCAACGUCGAGAUCGUCCGUGCCCUGAAGGUGCUGCAGGGGCGGAACAGCAUGGAGUCAGAGAAGGCCUCGGGCCCCAAGCAGGCGCGCUGGCAGUACCACCACAAAGUGGGGAAGUUCAUCUUCCGGACAGCCACAGAGAAACUGCCGCCACCCCACAACUAUCCCAUGUUCACGGGCAACGCAUACAUUGUGGUCACGCGCGCCUUCGUGCAGUACAUCUUUGAGAACCCCACGGCGCAGCAGUUCCUCGAGUGGGCCAAGGACACCUACAGCCCUGACGAACACGUCUGGGCCACCCUCAACCGCAUGCCCGGUGUGCCGGGCGCCACGCCCCAGAAUGACAAGUUCCAGCUCUCGGACAUGAACGCCCUGCCCCGCCUGGUCAAGUGGCAGUACCUGGAGGGCGACACCAGCAAGGGCGCGCCCUACCCGCCCUGCACCGGCCAGCACCAGCGCGCCGUCUGCAUCUACGGGGCGGGCGACGUGGCCUGGUUGCUCCAGCAGCACCACCUCCUGGCCAACAAGUUCGACCCCCUCGUGGACAACGCCGCCAUCCAGUGUCUCGAGGAGCACCUGCGCCACAGGGCCCUCUACGGCCGGGGGCUCUGAGGGGAAGCCGCGGAGACCCUCGCCAGCACCUGCCUCCUCCCGUAGGCGAGUCGCAGCCGGCAGCGCCUCAGGGACGGCGGGAGACCCCUGUCGUGAGGCGAGACGCGCGCCGCCGCGUUACCCGCGCCGGCGGAGGGAUCUUGUCGCGGGGCGGGAGGGCGCGGGCGCC